GAGAAGAAUUCUCCUUGCCUAGUGAAUUAAGCGAGGAUAAAAAUCAUUUUUAUCUCAAAAUUCAUUUGCCGGGAGUAAAAAAAGAAAACACCAAAAUUGAAAUCACCAACCGAGUUUUACGAGUUUCGGGAGAACGGAAAGAAGAAAAAUUGGUCGAAGACGCCGAGAAACAUUAUUCAGAAGUCUUUUACGGCUCUUUUAGCCGAGAUUACAGUUUGCCGGAAAACGCUGACAGCACUAACAUCAAAGCCAAUUUUGCCAACGGAGUUUUGACAAUAACUAUUCCUAAAUCCUUAGAAAGCCGAACGCAAGAA